AUGUUAGAUUGCAAGCCAGCGAAUACUCCUAUAGUAGCUAAUCAUGGCCUACAAAUCGUUGAAGGGGCAGAAGUGGCAGAUCAAGAUCGUUAUAGAAGGAUGGUUGGAAAACUGAUCUACUUAUCCCACACGAGACCAGAUAUUACCUACACAGUAGGGAUUGUAAGCAAGUUCAUGCACCGACCUCAAGUGGAGCACAUGGCAGCAAUCUUGAGGAUCCUGAGAUACUUAAAGGGAACCAGUAAUAAGGGAGUUUUCUACUCAAAAAAUGAUAAUCUUGAUCUUGUUGGUUAUACAGAUGCAGAUUGGGCUGGUGAUCGGGACGACAGGAAGUCUACCUCGGGGUACUUCACUCUUGUAGGGGGUAAUUUAGUCACUUGGAAGAGUAAAAAACAGAAGGUAGUAGCUCUAUCCAGUGCUGAAACAGAAUUUAGAGGGAUAGCAAAAGGAGUUACAGAGAUUCUGUGGAUCAGGAAACUUUUAGGAGAGCUGGUUUUUCACUAG